CGUUCAUCAGUGAAGAGCGAUUGGGCAGCACAGGCUUGAGGAGCUCCAUCACUCUACAUCAGUCACUCACACACACAUCUCUGCAGUGUGUCGGCAGAAACACUCAUGGCACUGCAAGUCAACUCUUUCAACUGAAUCUCUUCUCUCAAGAAGCUUCAUGGUUCAACAUUUACUCCUUCCUGAUUUGAGUCGGGGCAUGGUGAUAUUAUGUGUUACAAUACUGCUUUACAAGACUCAGAAGGGAGAUAAAACUGGAAUCACUCGGACUGAUGGGGUUGUUUCACUGGACAACGGUGGAGAGCCUGUUUGUCAAUAAAAUCAUGUCAUCUGCUGGAGCCGCCACACUGGGAUCUUCCUAGGGAUUUUAACACACUAGCUUUAGCCCAGAUAUCAACAUCUACAUAAUGGCCCUAAGAAGUAUUUGGAUAUUUAAGCCACACUUAAAUAUAAUAUGAUUGUCAUUGGAUUGAAUAACAAUAUAUCAAUGCGACAUUUAAAGUGACUAUUUUUGUGAAUACAUAACAUCAUUUCCCCUCAAGUUCACACAGGUGUCUUAUCAGAGUAUCCACAUAAUGGAUAUGUUCCACUAACAUCAACAACAAAGUAUCACAAUGCUUUUUGUCUCCUCUGUUGGUUUAUCAAUAUUAUAUAUAAUUUAUACUAUCAUCUGCUGUCUUUCUUUAAAAUCACUUUGUUUAUUAUUUUGUUAUCUUUAUCAAUCGAUAUAUACUCCAUGCACAUAUAUAACUGUCCAAAGAUCCUUUUGGGGGGACAGUGUGUAUGUGCAGUAUAGUGUAUUUCCAAAUAUAUUCUUGUAUAACUUAUCCUCACGUAAUCUUGUUUGUUUUUUUGUUUAAUGUACAUUCUAGUCUUUUCAAAUUUGUUUCAAAUAUUCUGUCUGUUUUUGUUUUGGUUGGCAUUUGUGUGUUUUGAGUGCUGUAACAUUCUGCAACAAUUAAGCGUUUUUAAAAUAGAUGAUGGAAAAUCAAGUUUAUUCUUUCUGUUGUUGACAUAUUCAGGGAUAAUACAUGUUGAAUAGUCUUUAUGAACAUGAAAGUAGUCUCAUCAACAUCAUAUAAACAUUCUUAUAUUCAGGAUUUAUAUCAGGAAGGGCAUUCAUAUUGGCCUAUGCAAGAUAAAAACAAAAGGAAAAAACCUACCUAAUUGUAAAGCUUCAAUUUGUAAAUGCAGUUUUUCAGCUAUGAUAGUUUUACAAUCUCACAUUUACCCAGGAUAUGAUUGCCAAAAUAAAUUGUCUGAAAAAUGUAGAUUAUUAAAUGUUCUGUUUAGUCACCACACCUGUCAUGAUUUGCCUGUUUUUCUGCCCUAAGACUCUUAUUUUGAUGUUCACAGUUACAGCAAGUAACACAUUGAAUCAAACAUUACAUUUUUAAGUAGAAAAACUCAAAUAGUAUUUUCUUGUCAAAUGUUCCAGUAAUCUUUGUUUUAUUUACUACUUUGAAAAAUAUUUUUUACAGUGUACUAAGCAUUAUAUUGCUUGUUACUAUUGUUACUUAUUUAGUCCAAACUCUUAAAAAUAAAGGUUCUUUAUUGGCAUAUGUUCCACGAAGAACCUUUAACAUCCAUGAAACCUUUCCAUUCCACAAAAGGUUCUUUAUAGUGGAAAAAGGUUCUUUAGAUUUUUAAAAUGUUAUGUGUAUAUGUAUGUAUGUAUAUAUAUAUAUAUAUAUAUAUAUAUAUAUAUAUAUAUAUAGAUGGUUCUAUUAAAAACUGUUGACUGAAAGGCUUUUUGACAAACCAAAAUUGGUUCCUUUAUGACAUCACUGUGAAAACCCUGUUUGAAACCGUUAUUUUUAAAGGGGUCAUGAACUGCGUUGCUUUAUUGUUUUAUAAUGUUUUCUUGGGUGCACUUAUAAUGUUAGAAUGCUUUUUACAACAAAAAUUGUCAUAAUUUAGAAAUAAAAGGCAUUUUUCCUACCCUGAUUUUAGCCCUCUUGUUUGAAUGCUCUGUUUUAAGGGGCGUGUCUGCUGUGAGAUUUCAGUGUGAACGCCCACUGCUGUGAUUGGCUGACAUGUUUGCAAAAUGAAAUAGUUAAAUAUUACUCUCUCAAAAACUUUUAGCAUUAUUUUACUAUUGCAGCUCUCAAGGUUAACUAAUCAUGAAAAGUUUUAAUUAUAGCAUUGCAUUUAGAUCUAUGGCAUUAUAUUUAGAUUGUGGCAUGAAAAGUUGCAGUGAUGAACAUUGUAGCCAUUCACAGACAUGUUGCAACUCAAUUUCUGCACACUAAUGAAUGCUUUCAUCAUAACUAAUAGACAUAUCAGACAUAUCAUAAAAGUCUGUUUGCAGAGCCUGUGCCAAAAUGCGAUCGAUUUACUAAAUAAUCCACAUUGAAAUGUACUGAAUACAAAUAAAUAAUGCUCAACUGAGACAUUCACAUUGUUGAUAAUAAAUAACCAUAUUCCUAGCAUUGGGAUCCUUUGAAAGGUAAUGCUAUUUUUAGUCCUGUUUUGCCAUUCUCUCCUCCUCAUCUCACUAACACGCCAGUGGGUGGGGAUAACAUUGCAAUGAUGAAGUAGCCAUUGAUUUCUUCUGCGGAGGUGACGUUUCACCUAUCUAUGACAGGCAUGUCCCAGGAUCAGUCGUUUGCUUGGCCUGGUGUCAAUAAAAGCUUUUAUUGGACUAACAAGGACAUUUUCAGUUCUGAAACUUACAGGAUAUUCUUACAGUACGAUGACCUCUUAUGUAUCAAAAGCUCAUGGGAAAAGUUGGUUUCUCAAUUUAUGACCCUUUUAAGAGUGCACCUGUGUCUUAUUUAGUUCCUCAUUUUACCCCUUUAUAUCUAGCCCUGUGGCUCUCUUUAGUUUGUUCAUUAUUGACUUCUGUUUUGGUUUGGUUCUCCUUGAAUAAGUAUCUUCAUCUUCUAGGAUUAUCUUCUUGUUUCAUUUAUUUAAUAAAAGUUUUGCUGCACUUAGAUCUUCUACUCAACUCUUCCCUGUGCUACACAGAUACCACAAACCUACACUUAUAGACCAUGAUGACGUGAGUGUAACUUUCAGUAAAUCGACUAGAAUUAGGUAUUUUUUCAUUUUUUAACUUCCAGUACAAGUCUACACUGUAAACUGUGCACAGUUUUUAAUCAUAAUAAUUGGAUAGUUAUAAUUUAACUGAACAGUCAAAUGACAACCUCUUCAACUCUUGAUGGUUUGUUGAAACCUGCUGACUGACAGUCCCACACACCAGCCAGAUCAGGCGAGACAUAUUCUCAUACUUGUUGUGAAAAAAAAAAAAAAAAAAAAAAACAUUUUAAAAUAUUUUAGAAAAGCUCAGUUUAUAUCAAUGUCAUCACACUUUGGCAUUAGGCUACACAAAGUUUGCCAUCAUGGAAAGUCUAACAAAUCAAGAACAAUUUGCUUGAAGGUAUUGGCUGUUCAGUAUGUUUGCAUAGAGGUGUAUUACGUUAUCUUCUCACAGCAGAGCUGCUUCCAGUCUAAAGUAGUUUCACAACAGUGAACUUGUACUCUUAACCAAUAUUCAGAGGAUUUCUCAAUUUUCAUCAGCCUUCUUGGGUUUAGCCUUCUUUUAGUGGCAAGAUGAGUGUAGCUGAGAAAGUCUGUGUUUUUGUCUUUCUCUUACAAGGUGUUUGCUGUAGAGAUUUCAGCAUCAGUCUGCCAGAGAAGAUUGAAGCUCUCAGUGAAUCCUGUGUGAUUAUAAAGUGCACAUUUGAGAUUGUGGAAGACAUGGACAAAGAGCUCACUGAGAGUGCUGCUACAGGAUUUUGGCUCAAAGAUGGAGAUAAUGUGAAUAACAAUCUAGUGUUUAACUCCAGUGAUCCCACACCUAAUCACUUUAAAGGGAAAAUAACUGGAAAACUACAUGAGAAGAACUGCACCACUAUCUUUUAUAAUGUUAGUUCAAAUUAUAAUGGUGAAUAUUACUUCAGGAUUGAGAGUGGUGCUCUGAAAUACACUUACACUAAAAUAACCGGAAACAUCUCCACUAUAAAUGUCAUUGAGUCUCCCUCCAAACCCACAGUGAAGCUGUAUGAGGAGCAGAAGGAGGUUCAGGAUCAGGAGGAGGUGUUGGAGGGGAGCUCUGUGAGUCUGCGCUGCUCUGCUGAGACUCUCUGCUCCUCUCCUCCACCAACUCUCACAUGGAGCUCCACUCCCAGAAUCCCCCUCAGUGAGAGCAGCAGACAACAGGAGCUCAUCUCUGAUCUGAACUUCACUGCUACUCACCGUCACCACAGAGUCACUUUCACCUGCACUAUAACCUACCAGCUACUGGACAAGAACAAAACAGCACAGGACAGCAUCACAUUACAUGUUCAGUAUUCCCCUAAAAACACAUCAGUUUCUGUGCUUCCCUCUGGCUCGGUGUUGGAGGGCAGUUCAGUGACUCUGACCUGCAGCAGUGAUGCAAAUCCAGCAGUGCUAAACUACACCUGGUCUAGAAAGAGUGAAGGACAGUUGAAGCAGCUCCAGACUGGAGACACUCUUACCUUCAACAGGACCGACCCGAAACAGAGAGGCUGGUACCAAUGUACAGCUCAAAACAAACACGGCACCCAAGAGUCAUCAGUGAUGCUGGACAUUCAGUAUGCUCCUCAAAUCUCCACUUCCUCCAGCUGUGUCAGUGGGGAUGUAACUUUGUGUUUCUGUGAGGUUGAUGGGAAUCCCUCUCCUGAACUGGAGUGGCAUCUGUCUGGACGUCCUGUCACUAACUCUUCAGACACGUUCAUCAGUGAAGAGCGAUUGGACAGCACAGGCUUGAGGAGCUCCAUCACUCUACAUCAGUCACUCACAAAAACAUCCGCUCUGCAGUGUGUCGGCAGAAACACUCAUGGCACUGCUGAACAGUUGUUUUAUCUGGUUUUCACUCAGAAAACUUCAUGUAAAUUUCAACUUUAAUCUAUUCCAGUCAAUGAUAUGGCAAUGAAUCAUCUAUAGCCUGCUGUUUUUUUUUUUUUAAUGAACAGCAUUUCCAGAUAUAUUGAGUUUUAUAUAUAUAUAUAUAUAUAUAUAUAUAUAUAGAAUAUUUGCUUUAUAUCAGUACGGUUGCUGUUUGGAAUUAAAAACUGUACAUGAACUGUCACUUUAUAGGGUUUAAUGUUUACUCCCUCCUGGUUGGAGUCGUUGGUGGGGCUACUUUUAUAACCAUCUUAUGGGUCACAACACUGCUGUACAGGUAAGUAAACUUUGUGAUGCCUGAUGUAAACACUAUAGUAUGAUAUUUCCCCUUGGAAAGGAAAACCACAAAUGAGAUGUCUUUAAUAUCUCAAUUGAUUCUCCUAGACAACAAUGAGUUAAAUUUAGAGCAAAUAGAGACUAUUGCUUAAAGGGUUAAUUCACCCAAAAAUUGUGUCAUUUAUUACUCACCCUCAUGUCGUUCUACACCCGUAAGACCUUCGUUCAUCUUCGAAACAAAAGAUUCAUCAAGCUCAAAUAUACUAGAUAUUGUUGAAAAGUCGUUAUUUUGUUUUUUUGGUGCACAAAAAGUAUUCUUGUCGCUUUAUAAUAUUAAGAUAGAACCACUGAACUCGCAUGAACUGUUUCAAAUAUGUUUUUAGUACCUUUAUGGAUCUUGAGAGUUUGAAUGGCUUUGCUCUCAAUGGAGGCCUCACUGAGCCAUCGGAUUUCAUCAACAAUAUCUUAAUUUGUGUUCCGAAGAUAAAUAAAGGUCUUACUGGUGUAGAACGACAUGAGGGUGAGUAAUAAAUGACAUUAUUUUAAUUUUUGGGUGAACUAACCCUUUAAGUCUUUUGCUUCUCUAGUUCACCUCUUGCAUGUGUCCACUCUAAAGUUUCAGAGGAGAUCUCAACAAUGUCUCAAACUGUCCUUAGAUAAGUCUGAAAUCAAAAGUCAAAGAUUUCAACAUAAACUUUUUUAAUCAAAUACAAGAUCAAAUUAUCUGGGUUAUGUUAUCCAUAUUCAUCUUAUAGCUGUAUACACUAACUUUAUGCCAACAAUUAUCUCUUGAAUUUCUAACUUUAUUUCACCUACAGAAUUUUAGGAGGAAUAUCUGAGACAAAUUUGAUACUUAAUGGAGUUCUAUGUAACAUUAUAUUUCACUUAAAGGUGCAGUGUGUAAAUUUUAGAGGCAUCUAGAGGUGAGGUUGCAAACUGCAACUAACGGUGCUCACCCCUCUCAUUCGAGAAACAUAUCGGCGCAAAAUGGCAACUUAACAUGUAAGGGAAGAUGUAUGUAGAUAUAAAUGCCUCAUUCUAAGGUAAUAAAAACAUAACGGUUCAUUAUGUAAGGUCUUUAUACACCACUGAAAACAUAGUUAUGUUAUAUUAUAUUGAAUUUCUGUUAAUAGAUGCUCCCAAAUUUUACACAUUGCACCUUUAAGUCUCCUGAGCUAUGAAAGAGCAACCUCAGAGCAAUAAAAAAUUUCUGAUGAAUGUGGUGUAAACAGUUAUAUGUAUUUAAUUAUGGAUUAUUUCUGUAGACAGAUCUGCAGGACUCAAAGAGGAGAUAAAACUGGCCUCAUUCAGACUGAUGUGGUAUGUUACAGUAUAUCAAACACACACAUUCUAUUCAUUCUUAAACAUGUCAAACUCAUAUAUGCCAGACCACUUUUACAUACAGUUACUCUCUCCACCCA